CCUUCUUGGCUUUUUUAUUUCUAAAAAGAAAACCAUUGCGACCAUCAAACGCAAGUUUCUCUUAAACAAAAAAAAAUUGUGUUUCUUCCUCACUAUUGGUGUGUGUGUGUGUGUGUAAUAUAUACACAGAAUACUAGUAGUCUUUACGCACAAAAGUGGAAGGAGGGGGAGGAGGGCGAAUGAAGUUAAGACGCACGAACGUCAAAGAGUGAACGCAAGACGGGAGUUCCCCAGGUUAUUCCCCAGUCUGACUGUAACGAGCAUCGAGUGCAGUUCAGCUUCAUUAGACUUUCAAGCGCCUGACAAAAAACCCGUCCGCAACAAUCGCUGUGAUGAGUGUGGUGGGACCAUCAAGCCGCUGGACAUUGACCAUCCUGAUGUGCUGGACAUGUAGCGGACAGGGAUUGGUGAUGCGCGGCUUGGAGGGCCCGACACAAACCGUCACCCGCGGCAUGGACAUCAUCUUGCAUUGCCGCUACGAUCUAGAAGCGGGAGAUCGUCUUUAUGCCGUCAAGUGGUUUCACGGAACCCGGGAAUUUUACCGCUUUCAACCAGAGUUGCAACCCCCGUCACGAUCGUUCCCCAUUGAAGAUGUCUACGUCGACGUGGAAUCGUCCAAUGCGGAGAAACUUGUCAUACGCCAUGUUGUCCCCGGGACGUCAGGUAUCUACCGUUGUGAAGUAUCAGCAGAAGAGACUUUCGAAACAGACUACCGUGAGAUGAACAUUACGAUAGAAGACGCACCUAUGGCCGACCCCGUCAUUUACAACAUCCAGUCACGCUACGCUAUCGACGAUGAACUACGAAUAAAUUGCACAUCUUUCGAUUACGGACCAGCUUCACGUCUUCACUGGAUAAUCAACGGCCAAUUGAAGAGCGAUGACGACGAUGAGGUUACCCUUUACCCAACACGGUGGCGGACGCCCUCGGCCGCCGUGGAUAGUCAAUUCGUCUCCGGAGCAACGCCGGAAGCUACGACAACGAUAGGAUUACACAUCAAGAGAUUGACUCGGCAACAUUUUGGUAGCGGGAAUCAAUUGACGGUUGUGUGCACGGCAUCGUCAAUCGGCUCGGCUCACCGACGUUCCAGCGCCGUUAAAGCCGUUCUGGAUGAAGGACUAAGUAGCAGACAAGGACCGCUCGUCAAUCCUUUGAGGCCGUCAACGGCAGCCCCCACUGCGGCUGGCGAUAAGCGCCGAUCUCCUCAAACCUCGACAGGUGGAUGUAGCCGACUAGCAUCAAAUUUAGUUGCCAUCAUCUUAACAACAAUACUGUUGUUGGCAUUGUUUCGAUGAUAACAACUACAUCACACACACACACACACCGAAUGCGAUGGCGAGAUGGACCUCACACCGGAUAUGGGAAGAGCUGACCAAAAGGAGGAAACGUCUAGGCGCGUUUGAAGGAGAAGAAAGGGGGGGACAGUGUGUGGAUUCAAUCUUCAUUACGAUGUUCAAUCAACCGUUGCUGGCGCAAUAGCAAAGAAAACGAAGACUGGUUGGGUGUUGCUCGAGACGUUGAUGGAUUUGCUUUUUUUUUUUUUUCUGCUACAACUAUGUGAACCUCUACGCUGAAAUAGCUCCCACACCCACACGACAAAAUAAUAGGAACGGGCUGUAUUAAUGUUGAACUGGCCGAAAGCGCUUGGACUUUUGUAUAAUAGACUUGGCAUUCUCUCGUU